CUCCGCCCCUCGCUGUUUCUUCCUGUUUGCCAGCGACAUCCUAGAGCCGAGCGUUCCCAGGUUCCUGGGCAGGUGAUUGUGGCAGCUUAAAUCCCAAAUGAAAAUGUUUGAGAGUGUUGACUGUACAGCUACAAGAUCUGGCAGGGAUCUCUGGGCUGAAAUCUGUUCCUGUCUGCCAAAUCCUGAUCAAGAUGUUGCCAGCAGUACCUUCGCGGACUCCUUUGUGAAUUCUUACCCUACAGGUGAAGGCCAGAGGGAGGCAGCAAACUUUGCUGUCCAGCCAGCAAUAAAGCCCUGGGCUCCCUUGCAGGAUUCAGAAGUAUAUUUAGCAUCUCUAGAGAAGAAACUACGAAGAAUCAAGGGUUUAAAUGAGGAAGUCACUUCCAAGGACAUGCUUCGAACCCUGGCCCAAGCCAAGAAGGAAUGCUGGGAUCGGUUCCUCCAGGAGAAGUUAGCAUCAGAGUUCUUUGUAGAUGGACUUGAUUCUGAUGAGAGCACCUUGGAACAUUUCAAGAGGUGGCUCCAGCCAGAUAAAGUAGCCAUCAGCACAGAGGAGGUCCAAUAUCUGAUCCCUCCAGAGUCACAAGUUGAGAAGCCAGUGGCGGCCGGGGACAAACCAGCAACAGCAGAACAAUAAAUUACAUAUACACAAGCUGAGCAGCUGUCUUGGGUCCAGAGGGAACAGCAGAGAGCUCAGCGGCAGUGGCAGUAAGGAGAAAUCCAGGGAGGGUAAAAAAGCCCAAACCUCCAUUCCACAAAGCAAACAGCUGCAGGCCCCUGAGGACUUAACUUGCUUUGGACUGGCAUGUGUGACUAUCUUGGAUGAAGUGACUGACCCAGUGAAUGCUGGAUCAGAAUACUGCUUUCCUCUGUCUCACAGUUUGACUGAGCUCAGUUGCUGGUUUGAAGUCUGAUGAGGAUCUGGUGAAGAACUGGUUGUAAGAGUACUUGGAGACACUGAUGCCUUUGUGUAUAAUGUUAAGUGAACCAUAUUUUUUUUGCCUCCUCUGUAUCCCAUGUAUUCCCUUGGUAAAUUGUCAGGGGUAAGUGGGGCCAAUGAAAGUGAAGUCAGCUGCCUGGAAUCCAAGCCCAUGUGGGACUUCUGUAACAGAUCCAUAGGAAAUAGAGGGACUCUGGGGAAAAAAAAAAAAAAAAAAAAGGCUGGGCUUUUCCUUUGUCUGAUUUUUGCCUUGUGGAGAAAAUGGGUGAAAGAAGUGUGAAAAUGUGGGUGUUUAUAUCUGUGUAUAUACACAUUUUUAUUUCAUGCAUGGCUUAUCCCCCAACUUCUUCCUGUGCCAGUUUCUAAAUUAGACUUGUAAAUAUGGUUUAAUGCUUGACACUACUCCUGCAUAGUUCCAAACUUUUUCCUUGUCACAGCUUUCCUGACUGAGACUGCACAUUAUUCCUUGUUUAUUAUACUCUUAUUCAUAUAAACAUACAAAAUAUCUGUUGUCCAUAUAAAACUUCUUUCAUCA